GCCAUUGAUUCUGUUGUACGCUGGAGUCAGGAGUAGUUCCAUCGUUUUCCUUUUAGAAAAAUUCCUCAGAUUGACGGUUUGUCUUUCUGCGAGCCUUACUUUUAAGGAUAGAAGACAAUGUAUAACUUUCUUAGUUCAACCCUACUUCUACUACUUGUUUCUGCAUUUGUUUCGGAUCGUCAAGUCUCUGGCAAGUGUGGAAAGAGUGGUAUCGCCGACACAGACUGGGCAGCAUGCCUUGUUGCCGAAGAUAAAGAAGGAAACGUUUGUCCGCACAACUUCAGAAAGCUUGAAGAUGAUUUUUCUUGUGAACCAUCUGGUUCUAGGAACCCUCCUUACAAGAAACGAGUGUGUUGCCUGCUGGGGCCAGUAUUAGACUUACAGGUAAAAAAUUCACCGUGCUUAGCAGGUACUCCAUCCGGUGACGAAGAGGAAAGGAAAACCCAUACACGACAAUGAGAUUAUUUUCUGUUAAAUAAAGACUGACAACUCUCAUAAAUUAAAACUCUGUUUGUCUCAUAUUUGUCCUUUAUGCCCACGUUACUUUGAACACUAAAUGACCUACUUAGAAGAACACGGUUCUUUUCUCCCCCACAAGAUUCCAUCAGACUAAAAUAUGACGGGGUGGUUGGCAGUGCAGCUCACAUUUAUAGCGACGAGGCACUCUGCCUUCAUUUAUUGGCAGCGUGAGCGUAGUCUCAAAGGGACUUUUAUUGACUUAAAGUGGCGGAGAAAAUUUUAAUUGAUGGAAAACUAAAUAAUGGUCUAUAAUAGGGGUGCCAGUGUUAUAAUGACUCCGGCCUUCAAACUAUAUCACCAUGUCUUUAGGGACUAGCUUCAACUGAUGACAAUUUGCUCUCCCUUCAACAAAUCCCUUAUUUUCUUCAUCUUGGUGUUCUAAGAUAAUUUAUUGUAGAGGCAAAUGUAUUUAGUGCUAUGUUAAGAGCUUUUUUGAACAAAAAUGCAGCAAAAUUGCCGUGACAGUGUAACCCUGAGCGGAAAGUGUCUUACUAUCAAGUAGG